CGAGAAUAAUCAAAGCUCCUCGAUCGAUCGCCAUCAAUCUCGCCGAUCGAGCAGCUGCAUCUUUUUUUCUCGUCGACAGAGACAUCUGCGUGUUGAAGGGGCUGCCUAUUCUAUUCGUGGCGACCUGUGCAUCAGCUCCACACGUAAACAUAUGUUGCCGCCAUGCACGGCUUGUCUGAGGAGUUGGUGGUUAACGAACAGGCCAUGUUUAUGUUGACCUUCAUGGAUCUGUGUUCGUGAAUAGAGAGAGAGAGAGGAUUGAGAAUCGGAUGGUGAAAAAAAUUAUGAUAAUGACAUAUAUAUUAAAUUGUUGCGAUAGUGUUUUGCGGCUCCGUAUAUAAAUCCUCGCUCCGCGCCUGUGAAAGGAGAGGAAGAAUAACGCCGAUUGGGAAAAAUUAAGAUCUCGCCGCCUUCUUUUCCUGCUGAUUGGCCGUGAUUCGGCGGAGCUUGAUUUGCGUUUGCCUGUAUGCCAAUUUCACUAGGCGGCGGCUGUGGCGGAGGCAGAGCGAUGCUUUCUCGGAGCACGUGGCGUUGCGGUGGAGGUUACAAUGUUGAGCGGGCGAAGGAGGGCGUGGAACAGAGGGUUGUGGUGGUCAUGGGCGCCACCGGCACCGGCAAGUCUAAGCUCUCCGUCCAGUUGUCGUCGAUUUUUGGCGGAGAGGUCAUAAACUCCGAUAAGAUCCAAGUGUACCGCGGGCUUGACGUGACCACUAAUAAGAUGCCGGUGGUGGACCGUCGCGGGGUGCCACACCAUUUGCUCGGCGAGCUGGAUCCCUCCACCGGGGAGCUUCCGCCUGCCGGGUUCCGUUCCUUGGCGAGUCACCUUAUCGGGGACAUAUCCGCCCGCGGUCGGAUUCCGGUGGUUGCUGGCGGAUCGAAUUCCUUCAUCCAUGCUCUGCUUUCGAACCGGUUUGAUCCGCUGACCGACCCGUUCGGGGGGCGGUGGCGGCCGGUGAAGGAAGGGUUGCGGUACCGUUGUUGCCUCAUUUGGGUGCACGUCGAGGCGGCGGUGCUGGCGGAGCAACUCGACCGGAGAGUGGACGAGAUGGUGGGGGAAGGCAUGGUCGAGGAGCUGGAGCGCUACUUCGCGGUCGAAGGGGAGUCGGAGCGGCACCCGGGGCUGGGGAAGGCCAUCGGGGUGCCGGAAUUCCGGAGCUACUUCACGGGGCGCGGCCGGCGUACCUCCGCCGCGCUCGAGGCGGCGCUUUCGGCGAUCAAGGCCAACACGCGGUGGCUGGCGGAGGCGCAGGUGCGGAAGAUCGACAAACUAGCUGCAAUGGGGUGGCCGCUGCGGCGGGUGGACGCCACGGCGGCCGUGGCGGCAAGACUCGCCGGGGUGCCCCAGGCAGCACCCUGGAGGAGUGACGUGGCGGAUCCCAGCGUGAGCGCUGUGGCGCAGUUCCUGGCGGAGGAGGAGGAGGAGGCCGGACGUCGCCGCCGUCGCGCCAGCCGCACGAGCGUCGUACUUAAUUCCUGAACUUAAUGCGCUUUACCCCCUCACUUUUUGCUAUUAUCACUUUAUUUAUUUUACCCCUUCUAUUUUCUUCCUAUUACGGAGAGAGAGACAGAGACUAUAGAAAAUAGUAAAUUUCGCAAUUUUCUUUUAUUUUCUUUUUUUUCUUUUAUAAAUAAAAUCCUAUUAGUGAAGUGAGAGUGAGCAAGGAGGAGUUCAAUUUUCAAGGUUUAAGAACUCAAAUUUUGUAAAAGUGUUCUAAAGGAAAUAAAUGUUUAAAAAAUAUCAAAAAUUGUUUUU